AUGCCUCCACGAACAACUCAAAUAAGGCCAAUUGAGAAGUUUGCACAAGCCGUUGCCAAAUGCUCUACAGAGGCCUCCCUAUACGGCAAAUGCAUAGUAGCCGAUUACAAUUCUGUUCACAAAGACAAAUGUCUUACUGAAUUCAUGAAAUUGAAGGAUUGUUAUUUGAUUGCCGCGAAGAAGAAGUAAAGUAGAUUUGUUCAUCUAUAUUUUUUAAAGAGGAAAUUUCAUUCAUUCAAGAGCCGUAUACUAUCUGUCGUCUUAUUC